AGCUAAUGCGGUGGUACCAAGGAGGAGAAAAAUCUGACCGUCUGUGCCGGGUGAUGUGAAAAGUCACAGUAUCGCAGCAAAACCGGGGAUUCCAGUCGCAUGGUUAGGCCUGUCAUUGGGAUAUGAGAAUGACCGUUUGUCAAAGGGUGAUGGGCACGACUGAUUGUUGAUCAAGAUUGUGGCCGCUGAAAACUCGUGGAGCCUCCGCUCAACAGUUGAUUGACAGCAGCACCUCCAGUUCAACUCCCUCUUCGCGUGCACUCUCUUCACCGCCUCCGAAGGAAGAGCAUCACCGAGGGAUCCGACCGCCGCGCGCUUCCCCAGCCAGACCCCCCCCCCCCAGAACAUCACCUCACCCUCACCUCCCCCAAGAGGGAGAGCACAGCAGCCAACAUGGUGCUGUCACAGAGACAAAGAGAUGAACUAAACCGAGCUAUAGCCGACUAUCUCCGUUCCAAUGGAUACGAAGAGGCCUAUUCCACCUUCAAAAAAGAGGCUGAGUUGGAUAUGAAUGAGGAGGUAGAUAAAAAGUAUGCGGGCCUUUUGGAAAAGAAAUGGACCUCGGUCAUCCGAUUACAAAAGAAGGUGAUGGAGCUGGAAUCAAAGUUGAAUGAGGCAAAGGAGGAGAUGACACACGGCGGACCUGUGGGUCAGAAGAGGGACCCCAAGGAGUGGAUCCCCCGCCCCCCAGAGAGAUACGCCCUGAGCGGGCACCGCGCUCCAGUCACGCGUGUCAUAUUCCACCCAGUCUUCUCCGUCAUGGUCACAGCCUCCGAGGAUGCGACCAUCAAGGUGUGGGACUAUGAGGCCGGGGACUUUGAGCGGACCCUGAAGGGCCACACGGAUUCUGUGCAGGACAUCUCCUUUGACCAGACGGGGAAGUUGCUGGCUUCAUGUUCAGCUGACAUGAGCAUCAAACUCUGGGACUUUCAGGGGUUUGAGUGCAUCCGAACAAUGCAUGGCCACGACCACAAUGUGUCGUCUGUAGCAAUCAUGCCAAAUGGGGACCACAUAGUGUCCGCCUCAAGAGACAAGACCAUGAAGAUGUGGGAGGUGGCCACUGGGUACUGUGUGAAGACGUUCACAGGCCACAGGGAAUGGGUAAGGAUGGUGCGUCCCAACCAGGACGGCUCGUUGCUUGCGAGCUGCUCCAACGACCAGACAGUGCGUGUCUGGGUGGUCGCCUCCAAGGAGUGCAAAGCUGAGUUACGGGAGCAUGAACAUGUGGUAGAGUGUAUCGCCUGGGCCCCUGACAGUGCUCACCCCACCAUCCUGGAGGCCACAGGCUCCGAGACCAAGAAGAGUGGUAAACCUGGCCCCUUCCUCCUCUCCGGAUCGAGAGAUAAAACGAUUAAGAUGUGGGACGUCAGCAUCGGCAUCUGCCUCAUGACUCUGGUGGGACACGACAACUGGGUGCGCGGCGUGUUGGUUCACCCCGGAGGGAGAUUCAUAGUGAGCUGUGCCGACGAUAAAACCCUUCGGAUCUGGGACUACAAGAACAAACGCUGCAUGAAGACGUUGUGUGCCCACGAACACUUCGUUACCUCUCUGGAUUUCCACAAGACUGCUCCCUACGUGGUGACGGGCAGUGUCGAUCAGACAGUCAAAGUCUGGGAGUGCCGCUGAGACUGCUCCCCCACCUCUUGCCCUGUCCUGCCCCGCCCCUCCCACCUUUCCCCCUCCCCAAGCCCUGAAGCAGCCCUUAGACCCCCCCCCCCCUCUCUUCCUUCGGUCCUUACGUCUCGCACUCCAAACCAGAAUGGACCAUGGCGCUUCACCUUUUUCCCGCCCACUGUCCAUUACCCCCCCCCCCCCCCCCUACAUCGGUCCAGCCCUAUUAAGAUGACUAUUGUCCUUUUAUGUAAAUUAUUCUGGAUGUAGGGUUCGCUUAAUAAAUGUCACGCAAUCUCUGACACAUAAACACACUCAGAAGACGAGAAGUAUUCCUUGCAUGGUGAUUCAAACAAACAAAAAAAGUUGUAUACUGUUUAAAUUUGCCGACCUUGCACCCUGUUCUUGUGGGGUCAGAGGCUAAAUGUCCUUGUGUGCUGGUGCAGGCGGAUUCCAGUAAACUGACAGUGCACAAGAACCAAUGGCAACCCGCUAUGAGGGGGUUUAGCUUUUUCUGUUUUAUUCUACUCCAUUGCUUACAUUGUGGUGUUCUGAGACACCAUGGAUGGUGAUGGAGAAGGUGUGAGGAAAGAAAGCAUAUAAGAAAGAAUGAGCGGAAGCUGUCCAGGGGUAGGUGAAGAAAAGAUGAAGCAGGAUGCAGCUCCAUAGUCACCUCACAAUAGGUUCUGUGGGCGAGUGCACGUGUACAUGUGUGUAUACUUUGAAUGUGUGUGUGUUUAUUACGACAGGAGAAUCUGUCCACCGUCUCUGCUCUGAUGCUCAGAGGAGAGAGAGGAGGCGAAGCUUCUCGUCCACCGUGUUCAUUCAUACUACUUCAUCUCUUUUACAAACUUGCUUUCUAGUAGACACUCACAGGACCUUAACGAUCCCCAAGCUGCUGAGCGCACAGGCACACGCCUC